GUCAUGUAUUCAUCAAGUCGACACAUCAACUCAAACACGGAUCAGUACACACGAGAUCACAACAAAACAGACCCGCAAUCAUGUCGGUCCCACCCGAAGACAUCCCUCAAAAUCACACCGUCCCCACCUCGGAAAAGGUCAUCCCCCAGACCGACGUCGAAUCCGAACAGGAACCGACGCUAUGCCUGAUGAUCGACAAUUACGACUCGUUCACCUUCAACCUCUACCAAUACUUUUGUCAGCUUGGGGCCGAGAUGUUGGUCAAGAGGAACGACGAGAUUACGAUUCCCGAGGUCGAGGAGAUGUACAAGGCCAGACGGUUACGAUCAAUUGUCAUCUCUCCCGGACCUGGACACCCACGGACCGACUCGGGGAUCUGUAGAGAUAUCAUCACCUGGGCGAUGGGCAAGGUACCCGUGCUCGGUGUGUGUAUGGGUCUCGAGUGCAUUGUCGAUCUGCUCGGAGGAGAUAUCGCACACGCCGGAGAGAUCCUUCACGGCAAGACCUCUCUCGUCAAGCACGACGCCAAAGGGUGCUUCCACGGCAUCCCCCAAAACAUCCCUUCGACCCGUUAUCACUCUCUCGCCGCCAACAUCAAGACCAUUCCUUCUUGCUUAACCAUCACCUCGACGACGAGCGAGUCCGGUGUCGUCAUGGGCGUCAGGCACAAGGAGUUUACCAUCGAGGCCGUGCAGUAUCAUCCGGAAUCGGUGAUGAGCGAGGGCGGGCGAGAGUUGAUGGGCAACUUUUUGAAGUUGGAGGGCGGCAAGUGGGGUGGGAAGAACGCUUGGUGUGGUGUCGAAGCCGUGCACGAGGACAAGGUCGAGACCUUGCCCGUCACCGAGGGACUCGUCCAGGCAGAGGUGCAAGGAGCGACUAGCUCGAACGGGUCCAAGGCCAAGUCGGACCCUGCGGCCGUACCGACCAUUCUCAACAGGAUCCACCAGCAACGUCUACAAGAUGUCGAAUCGGCCGCUGCUAGACCUUCCACCUCGGCCUCGAUCCUCAAGACCUCGAUAGCACUGCACGCAGCUCCUCCCGUCGUCCCCCUCGUGGCCCGGAUCAGCCAGACGCUGCCUGCUCACCCGGCCGUGAUGGCCGAGAUCAAGCGAGCGUCGCCCAGUAAAGGAGACAUUGCCAUCGACGCCAAUGCCCCCUCGCAGGCCAUCAAGUACGCCCUAGCUGGAGCGUCGGUCAUCUCGGUCCUCACCGAGCCUACCUGGUUCAAGGGAGCCCUCUCAGACUUGUUGAGCGUGAGACAAGCCCUGGACUCGUUACCCAACCGGCCGGCCCUCUUGCGCAAGGACUUCAUCGUCGACAAGUACCAGGUCGACGAGGCCAGGAUGCACGGGGCGGAUACGAUCUUGCUCAUCGUGGCCAUGCUCAGCGUCACCGAGCUGCGUGACCUGUAUGACUAUUCAGUCUCUCUCGGGAUGGAACCUCUGGUCGAGGUCAACAACGCCGAAGAGCUCAACAUCGCGCUCGACCUUGGCGCCAAGGUCGUGGGUGUCAACAACCGGAACCUGCACGACUUCAAGGUUGACAUGCAGACGACGAGUAGGUUAGCGGACGUGCUUCGUGAACGCGGAAGGGAGGAUGUCAUCCUCUGUGCUCUGAGCGGGAUCACCGGGAGGAGCGAUGUCGAACGAUAUAUCAGCGAGGGGGUCAAGGCCGUCCUCAUCGGAGAAUCCCUUAUGCGAGCCGAAGACCCCAAGAAGUUCAUCCACGAUCUCUUGGCCGUGCCCACCCCGAAGCCGAUUGUGCCUACCGCACCACUCGUCAAGAUCUGCGGAGUGCAGACCUUUGAGGACGCCAAGGUCGCUGCGGAUGCUGGGGCCGAUUUUAUCGGGAUCAUCUUUGCGCCUACACGGAGAAAGAUCGCCUUACCCGUCGCCAAAAAGAUCUCGGCCCACCUCCGUUCAAUCCGUUACCCCGAAGACGAGGAAGACUUUGAUGCCCAGGCUGCGGUCGAUGACCCUCUCGCGCCCUUGCCUUGGUUUACCAGCCGAGCACAGAUGUUGGGCAAUUCUCGAAAACCUCUGCUCGUCGGAGUGUUCCAGAAUCAACCUCUGUCGUAUAUCCUGUCGGCGGUCCAGUCGACACCGCUGGAUGUCGUCCAGCUGCACGGAGACGAACCGCAAGAGUGGGCACGACAGAUCCCGGUACCCGUCAUCAAGGCUUUCCGGGUGACGGAUGAGAACGUCAUCCGUGGUGGUCAAGUGGAUCGACCCGGCUGCAACGCCUUGAUCCUGCUCGAUGCGGCUGGCAAGUCGGGUUCUGCGGGAGGUGGCGAGGGUGUCAAAUUCGACUGGUCGGUCGCUGCAGAGACGGUGACCAAGGGCGAAGUCGGGACCGGCGGGGCGUUCCGGCUACCGAUCGUGCUGGCGGGCGGAUUGACACCCGAGUCGGUCGCAGAAGCUGUUCAGGCCGUCAAGCCUUGGUGUGUCGACGUGAGCAGUGGGACGGAACGAUCAGAUGGGCAGGGCAAGGAUGCGCAAAAGAUCGCAGACUUUAUCAAGCGGGCCAAGCAGGGUACCGCAUAG